UAACUACUUCUGAAGCUCUAGAUGCAUUUGAUAAAAUUUUUGAAUAUUUGAAACAAGAUGAUAAUCAAGACUUAUUUGUUGGAAGUGAAGAAAGUAAUAAGUCAAAUGAUACUUAUAGUAAUCUGGUUGAAACAGAGAGGAAUCAUGAAGAAGAUAAAUAUCAACUUGAUCAGAAUAUCCUCGGUCAUUGGUAA